GGGAAGUAAACAGUGAUGACUGGAAUAAAACACAGUGACGGUGAGCUCACAGUCAGCUAAGUCUGCUGUACAACAGUCCUGAUGAUGAUGAAGCCUGCUCUCCACUCUGCAGCCCUGCUUUUGCUGCUGCUGCUCCCUGGGACUCUGACUCAAGAUCCAGUUCCCAUUGAUGUGGUGGUGGUCAACUCACAACAUUCUACCCCGUUGACCUACCCCACUCAUGUGGCAAACAGAGGGAUCCUAAUAAGUGCACUGAAGAGACUCAUGGACUCCGAUGAGAACUUUAAGUUUACCUACACAGAGGAUCCAAACUAUGGCCCAUACCUGAAGAGUGUGAAUGGUUUGGCCGGAAGUGAUAAAGACCGAACAUACUGGGCAGUUAAGUCUGCUGUACAACAGUCCUGAUGAUGAUGAAUCCUGCUCUCCACUCUGCAGCCCUGCUGUUGCUGCUGCUGCUCCCUGGGACUCUGACUCAAGAUCCAGUUCCCAUUGAUGUGGUGGUGGUCAACUCACAACAUUCUACCCCGUUGACCUACCCCACUCAUGUGGCACACAGAGGGAUCCUAAUAAGUGCACUGAAGAGACUCAUGGACUCCAAUGAGAACUUUAAGUUUACCUACACAGAGGAUCCAAACUAUGGCCCAUACCUGAAGAGUGUGAAUGGUUUGGCCGGAAGUGAUAAAGACCGAACAUACUGGGAAUUAUUGGUCAAGACUCCGGAUGGCAAAAUCAUAAGACCUAAUGUUGGCAUCGGAUGUUACAUUCCCAGCAAAAAUGAGAAAAUCAUUCUGAAAUUUUCAAAGUGGUGAAUAUCAUGCAAAUGAUGUGCUUCAACAUGGGAUCAGAGAGCCAGCGUUGGAAUCGUCUUUGUAUCAGACAACGUGUAUCUGUGUUUAAUGCUGAGUGACAUUAAAAUCUGAAUAAACAAUCCUUCAUCCAUCA